AUGGAGACAGUUGAGAAAGAUGUUUUCAGCCUAGACAAAUUUGAAACACUCUCUUUAAAUGAUACACCUAAUCCAAAUGAAGAAACAAAUGAAAAUUCUAACUGCUUAGAUGAAGAAUUUUGCAGUGAUCAAGAUUUGGAUCAGAAAGAAAGUGAAAUCAGAUCUGCCUUAGUUCAACAAACCAAAGAUUUAUACGAACACUAUGCUAAAGAGCAGUUCCCCAGAGAUCCAGAUAAACAAAAAGAGUUGAUAGCUGAAAUGCAAGAGCAAUAUUUUGAUCAUUACCUUUCGGAAGUUUACAGGUUUCAAAUAAUUCAUCAACAGCAGCAACUUGAACAGUUACGUGAAAUAAAGUCAGUUGGGAAAAAAUCGGAUGAUACAAAUGGUGAAUACGAAAGAGAUUCUCCAGUUUCACUACCUCUAAUCCCUGCGACAAUAUGGACUCGUAAGGAUAUUGCUGAGUUCAAACGAGAGAUUCUUGAUGUACAAAAGGAAUGUUGUAUAAAGAUAGGCUCUUUAGCUACAGCAACGGUACGCGUACCAACUCAUCCCAAUGGAAAGGCCAUAUGCUGGGAAUUUGCCACGGAUUAUUAUGAUCUAGGUUUCGGUUUAUAUUUUGAAUGGGAUUUGGAACCACCUGAAAAUAUAUCAGUUAACAUCUCUGAGUCAAGUGAUGAAGAAGGCGGUGAAGAAGACGAUGAGGAUGGACCUAGCUUUAAUAAUUCUGGAGAAAAGCCCUCACCUGAGAAUGGAGAUAAAGAAUCUCCUCAUGAUUUGGAAUUGGGCAAAAGGUCAUCACAACCUCGAGUUCCUACUGACGAACUUAUACCAAUUUACAGAAGAGACUGCCAUACUGAAGUCUACUGUGGUACACAUCAAUAUCCGGGUGUUGGUGUAUACGUAUUUAAGUUUGAUAAUUCUUUCUCACUUUGGCGAUCUAAAUGGUUAUAUUAUCGUAUAUUCUACACACAUUGAACUGCAUCGUGUGGUUGCUCAUGCAAUCUCAUAUAUAUAUUUUAGCCAUUUUGUUGACAUUCCUUGCAUUCAUCAUUGUCAUUUCGUGGAGUCAAUCGUUUUUUCCCCACUAAAUUUCCAUGUUCAUUCACUUUUGCAUCCUGCUGUUUUAGCUUGAAGUAAUAUCUGAUAUCAGUGAUUAUUUAUGCAUUAAUUUGGCAUUUAUAAUAUUUUAUAAUCAGGCACUACUAAUACUACUACAAUUUCGCAUAAUCAACAUCCAAGCAUCUAACUUCUGCUUUUUGGUGUUCCUCGCUUUGGUUUAGUCUAUAUUUUUAAUUAUAACUAACUUAUUUGUUGUUUAAGGGGAUUGAUUAAAGUGUCUCUUUUU